AUGGCACCCACCCUACAAUAUCAUUGUCCUUGCUUGACAAACGUGACAUCCCCUCUGGUAGUCCCUCCACCACCUCACUUGGCCUCCUCCUCCUCAAGCUUUCACCCAUUGCACACUUUGUUCUUUUGCGAAGAAUGCGAUGCUGUUCGAUGUGACCGCUGUGUGUCUGUCGAAGUGAGCGGCUACUACUGCCCCAACUGUCUAUUCGAGGUACCCAGUGCGAGCGUGCGCGCAGAGAAAAAUAGAUGUGCGCGCAACUGUUUCUUGUGUCCCAACUGUCGAAACACUCUGUCUGUCGUUCCUUCAGACCCACCAGAUUCGGGAGAUGGUCGACUAUCGUCCAUUCCUCUCAGUACAGUUGGUGAACCGCCAUUCUUUCUUUACUGUAACUACUGCAGAUGGGACUCGGCCGAAAUUGGCGUCACUUUUGAGAAGCCUACCGGAUUAGCUGCCCAACUACAAAAAUUCGAAGACUCGGCGCCGGAGUCGUUGGAAUUUGAGAGGUUGAAAGAGCAUUUUGAACCUUUUCUCCGUACAUCAUCCCUCUCCUCUCCAUCCCACCAACGCACUCCCUCCUCACACCAUGUUCAUACCUCUUCCAUCACAGCCGCUGCUUCCGCUGCCCUUGCGCGCGAUAUACCCGGGGUCAGCAAGUUUAAUCCCAUCACACGUAGUCGAUCUGGAAAAGAUAGAACCGCAAACAAGGAUGAGAUGCACGAGUACAAGAGUAGGGUUGAGGUGGCAGCUGCAAGUCGAUCAGGCGCUGGUGAACAGGUUGAUGUUGAGUUUAUGAGACAUAUUGAGACUGUUGGAGAGGUGGCUACAUUGGAGCAAAGAUGGGUCAACAGCUGGACAUCUCCUUUACAAACUAGCGAUCUGAAGCCUCUUCGCGUACCUUUACAUUCAAAGACAUCGAAACGAUGCCCUACCUGUAGGCACAUCUUAAUCAAGCCAGAGCAGAAAGCACAAUCAGUGCGAUACAAGAUCAAGUUGGUCGCUGCUAAUUAUCUUCCAGCUAUCGUGGUCGCUCUUCCUCUCCCUCAGUCUCGCGCUGAUGGGUCGAGACGUGGUGCAUCUGACGAUAGAGGCUCCAGCACGGGCGGCGUUCUUCGAGCCGGGGAAGCAUAUCCUUUCCACCUUGCUCUAACUAAUCCUCUAUAUGAUCCUAUUCAAGUCAAACUUAAUGUUCAACGGAUGCACGUGGCUACUUCAGGUGAUGGUGCUGCUGCAAAAGCUCGUAGGCCUCCGUUUGUUGUCUCCCUCCCGACAUCACCUUUUCCGGUUGCUGCGUUUGCCGAAGCAUGGGAAUAUGAAGAUGAUGAGGAUAUGUUUAGCACUGGGGAUGAUAAUUUGGACCAUGACACUGAUGGGAGAGGUUUAGGAAGUAAAGAUGGGCGAUCUAAAACUAAAACUGUAGGCGUUCUGGAGAAGAGAGCCAAUGUGACUAUGGUUGGUGGAGAGGUCACGAUAGGAAAAGAAGCGCGAGGAAAUGUCAAGUUUAACAUGCUUGUGGCGUAUACGUACCGGUCAGAUGACCCAGUGCCUUCAGAAGAUGGAGGUACACCUUCCCGUACGAUGGCCAGAGCACCUGAAGUGAAAACGUUCUCGUUUUACACUGUUGUUGAUCUUGGACCCAUAAUACCCAAAGAGGAAUCCAGAGCUGAGGAUGGCUGAGGAUGAAGCUAGAUUGGAAGGUCUGAUUAGAGGAGACUAAAGCUAGAGUUACUGGCACUGUUAUUCUACCAUCAUUUACAAGACUU